UCCGGCGUGCUGACGUCCCGGCGCGCCGCCGCCGCCGCCAUGAAGGAGGCGCUGGAGCUGCUGUGCCGCCUCCCGGCGCACCCCGACUCCCGGUGCUGGUUCCUGGCCUGGAGCCCCGGCGGCGGGCUGCUGGCUUCCUGCGGCGGGGACCGCCUCAUCCGCCUCUGGGCGAGGGAAGGGCCAGGCUGGUCGUGCCGGGCGGUGCUGGGCGAGGGGCACCAGCGCACGGUGCGCAGGGUCGCCUGGUCCCCCUGCGGCUCCUACCUGGCCUCCGCCAGCUUUGACGCCACCACCUGCAUCUGGAAGAGGCAAGAGAAUGACUUUGAGUGUGUCACCACCCUGGAGGGGCACGAGAACGAGGUGAAGUCGGUGGCCUGGGCCCCCUCCGGCUCCCUGCUCGCCACCUGCAGCCGUGACAAGAGCGUCUGGGUCUGGGAAGUGGACGAGGAGGAGGAGUACGAGUGCGUCAGCGUCCUCAACUCCCACACGCAGGACGUCAAGCAUGUGGUCUGGCACCCCAACCAGGAGCUCUUGGCCUCGGCCAGCUACGACGACACGGUGAAGCUGUACCACGAAGAGGAGGACGACUGGGUGUGCUGCGCCACGCUGGAGGGCCACGAGUCCACGGUGUGGAGCGUUGCCUUCGACCGCAGCGGCGAACGCUUGGCUUCCUGCAGCGAUGACAAGACGGUGCGCAUCUGGCAGCAGUACAAACCGGGUAACGAGGAAGGCGUGGCCUGCAGUGGCACCGACCCCACCUGGAAAUGCGUCUGCAACCUCUCCGGCUACCACACGAGGACCAUCUACGACGUGGCGUGGUGCCACCUCACCGGGGCGCUGGCGACGGCCUGCGGCGACGACGCCAUCCGCGUCUUUGAGGAGAGCGCGUCCUCCGACCCGCGGCAGCCCACCUUCAGCCUCGCCGCCCACGUUCCCCGGGCACACUCGCAGGACGUCAACUGCGUGGCCUGGAACCCGAAGGAGCCGGGUUUGCUGGCCUCGUGCAGCGACGACGGUGAGAUCGCCUUCUGGAAGUACCACCGCCCCGAAGUCAGCUGAGAGGUUGAAUGCCCUUGUGCGUUCCCCCCUCCCCAGCGGCAGGACAGGACACAGGGAAGAUGGUGACCGACCUCCUCUGCCCGCCGAGGUGUACUUUUGCAUCCCCGGGACCACGGAGGGGUCCCACUGGCCUCCCCAGCAGUGUGCACGGGAGCACGGCCCCUCUGCGGGGACUCGGCUGGCUCUGGGAGGUGGGGCAGGACUUGCUCCCCCCUCUUUCUGCCCCACACUCAAUAAAUCUGUCCUUUCCCA